GAGAGUUUUAUUUUGGAAAUCCUAAACGGAAGUGUAGUUUUCUCUCUGUUGUAGUUUUAAUCCCCCUCCUCUGCUGCUGCUCUCUGACAGUUAAACACACGGCUCUAACGAACCUUCAUUCAUUUCACCUGAACUAUGGGGCCGACAGGUGAGCACUUCUCUGCUGUUUCCGGUCUGACUGAAGAACUUUAAUGUGGACUUUGUUCUGUUUCCGCUCUUUUUGUCUAUGCGAACCUUUAAAUCUUAAUUUAGCUUUAAUCUGUUUUAGCUAACGUCAUCCUCGCUGCUAACGUUAGCUAGGUUUCCUCCAGGUUAGUUAACACCUGAGACAGAGGCGGUGACGUUAACCGGUUAGAAACGAUUAACCGAGAGCUUUCGGUCAGAGUCGAAGAGCUCGGGAGAAGUCGGUCAGUUAAACGGUGUGUCCUGGUUUCAGUGUCUGUGCAGCAGUUUAGCCGUUAGCUCAUCCACCCAGUUUUAACUAAUUCAGUUACUAAUUAACCGACUAAAGAAGUUUUAACCGAAUCACCUCUUUGACCCGCGUGUGUGAUCGUUCGAGUAAAAUGUGAUCAGUAAUUUCUACUCUAAUUUAUCAGCUGAUUAAAACAAAGUGAAUGAUAUUAAUUAAUGUUUUUAUACAUAUAGUUAUAAUUUUCUUCUCAUUUUUCAUUUUCAUUCUUUAUUUCAUCCGGUUCAUAUUCAAAACAAACAAGUAAAAAUCUCAAACGUGAAUAAAAAGGAGCAGAAAGAAGAAAACUCUUCUAGAGUCUGAACCUCUUUUAUAAGAUAUUCAACUAAACACAUACUAAUAAAAUAAACAAGAACUUUUUACAGUUCAUUAUUUUUUAUUUUUAAAAACAAACAGAAAAGACCACCAUAACUCACAAACAGACACAGACUCGUUUGAACUUAUUUCCCUGUUUUUACUCGACAAACUGACUUUGACUCUUUUUUUAAAGAUCAAACUUGAUUUAAUUUCUUUAGUUUCUUUGUUCAGAUUGUUCCUCAGACUGAUUCUUCUCUCUCAGCGCUCCUUCACUGUAGUUCUCAAUCUUUUUUAAUAUUUCAAAUCCUUUUAAAUUAGAACAACUUUAGAACAGUUUUUUCUGGAUGUUGACAGGUCAAAUUUUCCUAUGAGCUUUAAACAUCAUCUGUAACAAACUGAAAUCUACUGAAAACAACUGCAGUUUAACACGUUUGAAGGAUCUCUGUAUUGACUUUGACUAAUAAUUCAUAUUGCUGUUUUUUGUUCCUCCCCACACUUCAACACAGUCGGUCAGAUAUGGAACAAUAAUCUAAUUAUACAAGCGGUACAAAUCUUUAUUAUUAUCUAAGUAGUCCUUUACUUUGUUUAACAUAACAAUCCUUUUUGCUAUUUUCACUUUUAUCCCAUUAAUCUGUGAUUUCCACGUCAAUUUAUCAUCAAUAAGAACACCUUAAAAUCUUAUUUCAUUUACUCUAUUAACUUCAAAACCUCCAGUAUUCACUGAAGCAUCAAUGUUUUUGCCUUUGUUACCCGACAGUAUAGAGUUUUUCUUCAAUAUUUUAGGAUUAACUUAUUUUUGUAUCCAUCUGUAUUUGAGUAGAGCCCUUUAUAAUAUUAUGAGUAUUGUGAAAAUGUUCAGUAACAGCUGUGAAUGACCAACAGGGACAGGAAUAUGAAUUAUUGUAGAGUUUAUUUUAAAGUCUCUAACUGCUGUGAUGAAAUUAUGAAGAAACAGACCUGUUUUCUCUUCAGUAGCAGAAAUAUUUACAGUCAGGUUAAACAACAGGAAACACUACACACACACACACACACACACACACACACGUACAGGACAAAACCAGUAAAGACGCACCAGGUUCCCUUUUGUCCAGGAGACAACAAAACAAACACAAACAGCUGAUAUCUGUGACACCAGAACUUUCCGACCAAUAUUAGGAGCCGGUUCACUUCACCGUAAAAUGUUCGACUUUCAGUCUAAACUCAGAGAAACUCUUUCACUGACAACUAAACACUAAAACCAUAAUAACACUAUAAUAAUCACUGAACAGGAGUGAAUGUUUGAUUAAGUCCACAAAGACAAACUUACUAAAAUAUAUUCACACAAACGGGUUUUAAUUUCUGCCCCGUUUUCUGAAAUUAGUGGGAAAGAAAAAAGGAGGUCAAUAUGAUUAUUUUUUAACUGCGUUAUCCUUCACACCCUAACAGAACAGGAAAAACCGGUCAGUCUUUUUAACUGUAACUGUGGAUGUGAAAAAAACAUUAGUCUCUAACGGGCUAAAAUUGGCCGAUUUAAUCGACUCGCCGAUAAAUCAGUCGCCCCUCUUUUUAUCACUCUGUAAAUGAGAAAAUACUCCCACCACCCCUGAAAACUUCCCGUGGGUCACCAGUUGUUCUUGUAAUCACUGAUCUAUCAUAGAAAUAUGCUCAUUAGAAUAUCACAUGGUCCGAACAUGUAUGAGGCGCCAGUUUUCCUGAUCUAGGAUGAAAACAAAGGAGUGAUGAUCAUUUUUAUAUUUUAAGAUAUUUGAGAUUUUCGUGGCGGUGAGAGAAUUUUCUUAUUGACAGAGAAAAUGGGCUUCCUACCAUCAUGGACGCCAUCUUGAAAAUGACGCCUUUCUCGUGGUCAAACUUUGGUAAACUUUGAGUUUGUCAUUAAGGACGUCUAAUACUGUCAGGUCAUAUUUGUACCUGACUCUUAAUGAAUUUACAGAUGAGUUAUUCUGUUCAUGUCGUAGAGUAAGUUUACGUGUCUGAGCCGCUCUCAUCGUUUCAUUCUCAGUCUUUAACUGAAUCUGUGGAGCUCAGAGGACAUGAGAGUGACUCCGUGAUUUCGUGUGAAAAUCUAAAAUCUGUGGACUCUAACUUUGAUCGUUUGGCAGGUUCCCUCCAGGUGAGGUGUGUACAGGUAAGAAGGGAUGGGCUGGUUACAUGUAAGGUAAACCGUCUGAACCAGGACACGCUGGAACAUGUUUCUCAAUUAAAGACAAAGAAACUGUUUUUACUGUUAAUCAGGUGAAGUUUGUUUUUGUUGGACUUCACUGAAUCAGCGGAGCCACUCCAGAACUCGGGUCAGAUACAGCAAAGUCUAGUGGGUGACCUUUAACCUUCAGGAGAGCUGAGGAUGGAGGACGAAGAGACAAACGUGUUUCUGUAGGACAGAGGUUCAGACAGGGUGACAGGAGGAGAACAACAAGUCAUGAAGAAACACAGUCAGCCCAAAGUUCCUCCGGUGUCAGAGGGAAACAGUGAAGCUUCAUUUAUCCUGGAUUUAUUAUCUAAUACAUCACUGAAGGAAAUAAUAAUAAUAAUAAUAAUAAUAGAAACUGUUCCAGAUGUUAAAAAAAGUCUUUUUUUAGAGAAAAGGAGCUGCUGAGUGUCUCGUAUUUUUGAUAAUUUCAGGUCUUUAGUUUUGGAGUUUCUGUGACCCUGAACAUUUCUCGAACCCUCACAGCGUCAGUGGUCUCUGUCUCAGGAUCACACUCUGGACUGUGUGUCUGUGAAACCGUCCCUCGUCCUUCAGACUCGUCUUUUUGUCUUCUUUAUGAAAUUAAUCUGUGCCUCCUCCUUCCUUCCCUCGUCUGUCUCCUUUCACUCUUCCCGCCUCGUUACCCCGACAUGUCCCGUCUUGCCCGCCCUCUCCUCACCUGUCCUCUUGUUUCUUCUCGUCCCAGGUGAGGUGGUGUUUGGCAGCCCGGCGCCGGUUUGCUCCGAGAACCGGUUGCGUUGGGAUCUGAGCCCCGAGCAGAUCCGGCAGCUCUCGGAUGAGCUCAUCGCCAACACCAAGAUGGUGUACGACUGCGUGGGAGCGCUGGACCUCAGCUGCGUCACCUUCGAGAACACGCUGAAGGCCCUCGCUGACGUGGAGGUCGAUUACACCGGUCAGUUUCCACCAAUCAGGAGAGUUUAGCGCCACCUUUAGGAGCUUUAAUACCCCACAGAGAUGAGAGUUUGGGGUUUGGUGCUGAUGUUUUUGUUCUUCCUCUCAGACCGUCUCCGUAAAUUCACCAGGAUCUGAGUUUGAACAGAUUUGACGUUUCUGCAGUUUUCAGUUUUCAGCGUCUGAAACCAGCUGAACCAGCGGUUUAUAACGGUGUGUUCAAGGGUUAGUGGAUUUCUGAUGAUUACUGAUCAGCUGCUCAGUAACUAACAGAGAACUUUACAUCCAAAAGUUCAGCUCAGAGUGUUUCAUGGAAAAACAUCGAACUCCACAGACAGAAAAUCAAGAUUCAGAUCUGUGAACUACGAUCAGACAAAAAGGUCAGGAGUCGAUAAAACGGAGACGAAAACAUCCUUUAGAAACAGUCGUGAGAAUAACAGAAACUAUAACCACAGUUACAAUAACUCAGUUAAGACAUCAGCUGAAGGUGAAACCAGGUUAAAAAAAACAGGAAACUGAUUUUUAAAAGAUUUUCAGGAUUUCACAAAAACGACGAAAGAAGAUCCUCCAACAACUGAGACACAAACUACAACUCCUCCACUGUGAUCAGUCUGUGUUUCUGCAUCCAACCAACAUAUGAACACAUGACUAUAUGAACACGUGAAUAUAUGAACACGUGAACCAGGGCUGUACGAUAUAUAGUUAGAGCGUCGUCAUGGCGAUGUACGUGUGUGCGAUGAUCACAUGUCAGAGCCUGCGAGGUCGGAGGAGAAUGACCUCAUCUAAUUUCAAGGGUAGCUGACUGUGAUACAGCGAUCCACCAAUCACAUUCAUUCUUUACUCAGUUACCAAUCAGACUACCCUGCCAGCUGUCAAUCAGAAUCAGAGAGGAGGAAAACACGCCCCUGAGCAUGGAGUGAGUCGCUGAAAUCGUACAUUUACGCGGACCACUCGUCUAUCAGCGGCGUGCGUUUCUGCGAGGUCAGUAGACGUGAGUUUCUCAGCACCACAACAACGAUUGUAAAAGAGACACGAACAGAGAAAACCACCAAAGAAGAAGAACACGUGUUUCAGUUCUAAGAAGGAUGAUGUCGACUAAAACAUGAGUUCUGUGUUCAUCUGUUUCCACGGUAACGUCCAGAACAAUAAAAACUUAAACUAUCUCUGAGACGGACAGAAGACAGUCGACUAACAGAUCAGAGCAGGUUAACUGCUUAACAUGAACAUGUGAACACGUGAAUAUAUGAAUAUAUAAACACAUGAACACACUGAUCAUCAACAUUGACUCAUCCUGUUCACUCAGCCAGCAGGGGGCGGUCUGGGGUCGAGUGUUUGUACAAGGACACUUGAGCUGCAGGUGUCUCUGAGACGUUCAGCUUUAGUCAGUCUAAGAGGUGGAGUCUGUGGACGUCUUCUUCUCAGUGUCUGUGGAAACCUCCAGAGUCUGAAAGACGGAUCUGAUCAAAGGAGGGAAAAACCAAAACAACAUGUUUUAUGAUUUUAACGUCCCGCCGUGUCGUCCAGAUAUUUCUGCGCGGGGACGAUGAACCUGAAUGUAAAGAGGUCAAACGUGGCGAGCGCUCAGGUCUGCGCUUCUUUGUGUGCUCUCUCUGAGUCAGCGCGGUCGGUCAGGUUCGCUCGGAUCAGCAGUUUUAAAGAAAGCAGCUGAUCACGCUGCUGCUGCUUUGUGUGGAGAUGAAAACACCUGCAGCUCUCCUGCUGCUCCUCCUGCUGCUCCUGCUGCUCCUGCUGCAGGAGGAGACCGACACUUUCCCUCAGCUCUCAGACUUCAGCUGAAAACUCCUCGGUCUGUCUGAGAGUCGGGACGUUUAUCUCCUCACUGCUCUGAAUCUUCAGAGACCUUCUCAGUGAAGAUGUGAGGAGGACAGUGAAGAAGCUGUUCUGCUGUCAGUUUGAUCAGAAAAAACACCUGAAGUUUAGAAGAUAGAAGUUUAUAAAGGGUCAAUAAGAGGUUCAGUUUCAGGAGGUCAUUUGUUUCAUUCUUCUUAAACUCUUCUCCAAAACGAUCAGAUCUGAAGGUCUGAAGAAAAGCUCCUCAAACAUCAUCUGAGCUUCUUCUAGAUCAUGAACCAGGAGACCAUCAACCAGACUGACUGUGUUUAACUUUGUUUUGUCUCCUCUCUGACCCCGCCCUCCCCCUCUCUGACUCCGCCUCCCGGUCAUCAGUCCAGAGGAACACGCUCGACUUCCCGCAGCACGUGUCUCCCAAUAAGGAAGUGCGAGCGGCGAGCACCGAGGCCGACAAGCGUCUGUCCGAGUUCGAUGUGGAGAUGAGUAUGAGGGAGGACGUCUACCAGAGGAUCGUCGCUCUGGAGGUGAGGCGCCGCCACAGACGGCAGGCUGUCGACCAAUCAGAAGGCAGACUGAGCUGUAGCUUUAUCUCCUGCAGGGUCAGACCUCAGUAACGUCAGAGCGAUCACCUCUUCUUCUCUGUUUCUUUGUUUCCGUCUGCAGAGGAAGAUCGACAGCAGCUCCCUCACCGCCGAGUCCAAACGCUACAUGGAGCGCCUGAUCAAACUGGGGAGGAGGAACGGCCUCCAUCUCGCCACAGAGACGCAAGAGGUGACCUUCGAUCAUCCACGUCUCCACGCUGUCAAAGAUCUGUAAACUGGAGAUCAGCAGGUGUUAGAAGAGCUGUGAUUGGUCAGAGCGUCGUCAUGGUAACCUGUAAAAGGUUCUCCACAGAGAUCUGCUGCAUCGGUGUAAACAUCAGCGCUCUUUGACCUUCUGACCUUCUUAGAGAUCAGAACAGGAACUGUUGAUGGAGGAGGAGAGAGGGAGGGAGGGGGAGGAGGGGAGGAGGGAGGGAGGGAGGGAGGGGAGGGAGGGAGAGAGGGGGAGGAGGAGGGAGGGAGGGAGGAGAGAGGGAGGGAGGGAGGAGAGGAGGGAGAGAGGAGGGAGGGGAGGGAGGGAGGGGAGGGAGGGAGAGAAGGAGGGAGGAGGGAGGGAGGGAGAGGAGGGAGGGAGGAGAGGAGGAGGAGGAGGAGGAGGAGGGAGGAGAGAGGGAGGAGGGAGGGAGGGAGGAGAGAGGGAGGGGAGGGAGGGAGGGGAGGAGGAGAGAGGGAGGGAGAAGAUCUAACCCUCAAGAGUUUAACUAUGAGAGGAGUUAGGAGAGAGGGAGGGAGGGAGGGAGGAGGAGGAGAGGGAGGGGAGGAGAAAGGAGAGAGGAGGAGGGAGAGAGAGGAGGAGGGAGAGAGAGGGAAAGAGGGAGAGAAAGGGAGGGGGGAGAAAGAAGGAGGAGAGGACAGAGAGAGAGGAGGAGGAGGAGGAGAGAGGAGGGGAGAAAGAGGAGGGGGGGGUGAAAUGAAUGGAGGAGAGAGAGAGAAAAUCAAACCCUGAUGAUUUUAACCUUCAGAGGUGUUAGGAGAGAGGAGAAGAGGAGAGAGAGAGGAGGACAGGAGGCGUCGGUCAGUCCAUCUUAAUAAUCCAGUUCCUGGUUUUUCCCGUUGUUGACCCGCCCCUCUUACUAGAACUCUGAAGUUCUCCUGGAUCAGGUCCUGGUCUCAGACUAGAAUCCUGUAUCUGGUUCUCUGAGGUGGUCUACAGACCAGACUCUAACAUCUGUAUGUUCAUGUCCAUCCUGACACUCUGGUUCUCCUCCUCCUCCUCCUCCUCCUUCUCCUCCUCCUCCUCCUCACAGGAGAUCAAAACCAUCAAGAAGAAGCUGAGUAACCUCUGCAUCGACUUCAACAAGAACCUGAACGAGGACACCACCUGUCUGCUCUUCAGCAGGGAGGAGCUGGGUGAGUCUGGAGCUCCGAGCUCACAUGGUCGCCGUCUGAACCAGCUGAUCUAACUCCUCGCCUCCUUGUUUUUCAGGAGGUCUCCCCGAGGACUUCCUGAGCUCUCUGGAGCAGGAUGGAGACAAGCUGAAGGUCACCCUGAAGUACCCUCACUACUUCCCCACCAUGAAGAAAUGUUUCGUCCCUGAGACCCGCAGGAAGCUGGAGGAGGCCUUCAACUCCCGCUGCAAAGAGGUGAGACAUGAUCCAGUCCUGAUGGUCCAGAUGUUGAAGGUGGACCCUCAACUCUUUAGGGAGGAGGACGCAGCAUCUAUGAUUUCUAGUUCUUCGUUGAAAGGACAACUGGACGAACUUGAGACUCAAGUUCUUCCAGUUGUCCUUUCCAAAAGAAGGUCCGAUUCUGCUCCAUCAGACCUCCGGACUCCCUCAGAGGUUUGGAGAUCUUUCCUCAUGUGACUAACCUCUGGACCUCCUGUCUGCGUCUUUAGGAGAACUCGUCCAUCCUGAAGGAGCUGGUGGAGCUCCGGGCCCAGAAGAGCGCUCUGCUGGGCUUCAGCACUCACGCCGACUUCGUCCUGGAGAUGAACAUGGCCAAGUCCGGGGCGAGGGUGGCCAGCUUCCUGGGUGAGUGAAGAGGAGACCUUCAGGAGGACAGAGAGCAAAGAUCUGCUCAGACUCUAACCCUCGAACCGUCCCCAGAACGGACCUGCAGAUAGAUGUUGAUAAAGUCAUCUUCUCCGUUUCUUCUGUGUCUCUUUGUUUUCAGAGGAGCUGGCCUUCAAGCUGAAGCCUCUGGGCGAUGAAGAGCGCUCCGUCAUCCUCAAACUGAAGGAGAAGGAGUGUCAGAAGAGAACGCUGCCCUUCAACGGAGAGCUGCACGCCUGGGACACCCGCUACUUCAUGACCCAGGUCUGACCUGCUCCAGGACCUCAGGACCUCAGACAGCUGCUGAAGGAUCCAAAGACUCUGAAGAACUUUCUCCUGAAUCAGUUUUUACUCUUUUCUUCUCCUCUCAGGUGGAGGAGACCCAGUACGCCGUGGACCAGAACCUGUUGAAGGAGUACUUCCCCAUGGAGGUGGUCACUCAGGGUCUGUUGGACAUCUAUCAGGAGCUCCUGGGUCUGUCCUUCGAGCUGGUGAGCGGAGCGGCGGUGUGGCACCCGGACGUCACUCUGUACUGCGUGAAGGACCGCAGCAGUGGUCAGGUGGUCGGCCAGUUCUACCUGGACCUCUACCCCAGGUGAGGCUCACAGACAGUCCUGGUUCUGGGUGGUCCUCCUGAUGUCCCGCCCCCUCACGUCUCCUCUCUCUCACCCGUCCUCUGCAGGGAGGGGAAGUACGGUCACGCCGCCUGUUUCGGCCUGCAGCCCGGCUGUCUGCUGCCCGACGGCAGGCGCCAGAUGUCGGUGGCGGCGAUGGUGGCCAACUUCAGUAAGCCCACGGCGGACGCUCCGUCACUCCUGCAGCACGACGAGGUGGAGACGUACUUCCACGAGUUUGGACACGUCAUGCACCAGCUGUGUGCCGAGGUCAGCUGACACCACGCGGACUUAAACGCUCUCCAUCCCAGAAACAGAAUAAUCAGAAGUGAAGGAGCUUUAUCUGGAGACGGCAGGUCUUUGGGUCCAGACCCGAUCAGCUGACGGAGGACCUGCUGAAGUCUCCUCUGAUUGGAGUGUUUCAGUCUGACUGUGUUUGUGUGUUUACAGGCAGACUACGCCAUGUUCAGCGGGACUCACGUGGAGCGGGACUUUGUGGAGGCCCCGUCUCAGAUGUUGGAGAACUGGGUCUGGGAGAGGGACCCUCUGCUGAGGAUGUCCCGACACUACAAGACCGGGAACCCCAUCCCCGACGAGCUGCUCGACAAACUCAUCAAGUCCCGCCUCGCCAACACCGGUGAGUGCCGCGCAGAGACAGACGACUGCUUCAGGAGGUUGUUGUUUUUUUACUGUUGCUAUGGUAACCGUCCCCCUCCUUACAGGCCUGUUUAACCUGAGGCAGAUCGUCCUGGCCAAAGUGGACCAAGCUCUGCACACCAGGAACGGACUCGACCCGGCAGAGGAGUACGGACGACUCUGCCAGGAGAUCCUGGGAAUCCCAGCGUCGGCAGGUCUCUGUCCUCUGAGGAGUUUGUUCGUCUGAAGAAGAGUGAGAAACAUCAACGAUUUGACCUCUGACCUUCCUCUCUCCACAGGAACCAACAUGCCGGCGACCUUCGGGCACUUGGCAGGCGGUUACGACGCUCAGUACUACGGUUACCUGUGGAGUGAAGUCUACUCCAUGGACAUGUUCUUCGCUCGCUUCAAACGAGAGGGAAUCAUGAACCCAAAGGUCAGAGCGCGUGAACGUCAGGAGAACAUCUGAGCAGCUUCUCCGACAAGAAACACCUUUUAGUCUUUAACCUGCUUUAACUUCAACCAGAACCUCCUGAGAUCUAAAUCUACAACACGCUGUUUUAAAUGUUGAUCUGAUGGUUUUCAGAUCAUGUCGGUGUAGGGCUGGGCGAAAGAGAAAAAGGUUAUCAUGAUUAAUUUUUUCACAUCAGUCGAUAUUGAUAAAUAUCAGGAUAUACCUCCAAAAACCAAAAUACCUCCACACCACGGACGUUUUCCUAACGCCAGUGUUGUGGUUGACAUUGAUGUGGUCAUCUGUUGAGCCUUCAUGGUCAUUUCUGUCGGGGGUAGCACUCAUUUUCUUUGUUUCUCACCAACAGUGCUGUCGGCUUCACCUGUUAAAGUGCUAUGGUUGGGUGGAGCUGCUGUCUGCUACGACGCUGCAGUUGGUUGAUACUUGGUUCUAAUUCAGAACAUGAUUGGUUCAGACCCGGAGAAACUCCCCUUUUCAUUGGCUGUUCGUAUAGUCAACCAAAACAUUGAAAAGCAUAUUGAUCAUGUUUUAUAUCGAUAUUGAGGGAAAUUAAGUUUCAAUAUAUAUUGUUAUUGUUUUGUCGCCCAGCCCUCAGUCUGUGUUUAAUCUAAAAUCAUGCAAAUGAAAGUUUUUAUUGAUUUAUGAAAAAUCGGUACACACUUAAAAUGUGAUGACAGACAUAGGUUUAAAAAAAACUGUUAGAGGAACGACCAAUCAGGAGAGGACUUUAUCUACAGUCUAUAAUAUCAUUCAGAGGAUCUCGAGAAAUCUCAAAAUCUUAGACGUUUCACCGUCUCAAGUCCAGAUGUCCUUUCAACAAAGAAUUAGAAAUCAUAGAUGCUGCAUCCUCAGUUUUCACCUUAACAACCACUGACUGUGAACUCAGUUCAUCGCUGCGUCCACUGAUGACGUUCAAACUGAACCACGAAAGAGGAGGCGAUUGACAGCUGCGAUUUUCCCUGUCCGCCAAUUCCAACCAAACCGCAAUUUUACUCACGAGAACCCGCAGAUUCACGUUCAAUCUCACGAUAACGACUUGUCUCUCUAAAGACAGACACAUAGACAUAUAAGCAGUAGAUUGUGUCCUUCCAGAGGAGGAAAUCUACUUCUAGACUUCUAGAAUCAGCAUCUCCUCAUCCAUGGUGUCAUCGGGGUGAAAUGACGUCUAAAAACCUUUCACUUGUUCGUCUCCGCCCGUUUGCAUGGUGUGAAAUACGAUCCUCCUGAAACACGGAGUGUUUUAUUUUGAAAAGAAGCCGGAUGUUUUAUUUUGAAAAGAAGUCGGUGUAAAUUGACACGUUAACUUGAAUGGCUACGAUCGGAGGAUACGACCUUUUAGGAGACGAUCAGGAUGAAGGUGGAGGUCAGGGGUCAGAGGAGGCUGGUACAGAACCUCGUGACCCGUUUGGUUAAUAAGAAACAAAGAAACUAGAUGUCUUAAUGUUUUGACUGGCUCUGACAUGCUGUCCUCUGAUUGGUCCUCUAGGUCGGUCUGGAUUACAGGAAGUUCAUCCUGCGGCCCGGCGGCUCAGAGGACGCCUCUGAGAUGCUGAGGAAGUUCCUCGGGCGCGAGCCAAAACAGGACGCAUUCCUUCUGAGCAAAGGACUAACUGUGGAGCAGCAGGCCAUCACGCCAUCUCCCUGCUGACCAAUCACAGCAGCCGGAUCUGUCUCUCACGCCCCCCUCUGCACAAAGGGAGAACAACAGACUGUGGUUUUCUAGAAAAAACGGUAAACUGUAAAACAUGGAUAAAAAUGAGCAGUGAAUAAAUGGUUUGAGGUGACGGCG